AUUUCUGGAUUUGCGUCUAAUUACUGAAGUAAUUCGAUUGUCUUAAUUUCUUUUGGAAUAUUUGCAAUAUUUUUAGCAUAAACCCCUUAAACCAUUUGCAAUAUUUUUAGCAUAAACCCGACUUUUAUGAAUUUGAUUGUAAGGUGUUAUUUGCUCCCAUUUUAAAGCCUCAGCUCGAUAUGUAGUUGCUUAUGAAUUUUACAGUACAAAACCAAGAAGUACAACAAACAUCAUCCUAGACACUUCCAUACAUUGGAUUUUGUAACAUAGGACGUCUUUUGGGUCAAAGUGAGUAAUUCAAGAGUACCGUCUUGUUUAAAUUGUCUCACCUUGACCGCCAAGAAUAAAGUUGUAGCAAAACCAAAUUUGUUUAGGAUUUGGUAUUUAAUUAAGUCAUGGCUAAAUAUGAUUUAUAGUCAAUUUAUAUAAAAAUAGGUUUUCCAGUUUAUAAUCAAAGUAGGUUUUCUAUUAUUAUAAAUAGGAGUGUUGCUAGCUAUUUUAAAUUGUGGAGAAUUAUAGAGAGCAGUUAAAUAUUUAUUGAGUUUAUAUCAAUUCAUGUCUUCCUCAAAGAUGAUCGUGUUGAAGAGCUCUGAUGGCGAGACUUUCGAGGUGGAAGAGUCUGUGGCUAUGGAAUCACAGACCAUCAAGCACAUAAUCGAGGACGAUUGCGCCAACACCAGCAUCCCUCUUCCUAAUGUUACUAGCAUAAUCUUGGCUAAGGUGAUUGAGUACUGUAGGCGUCAUGUUGAUGCUGCUGCUAAGACCGAUGACAAAGCCUCUGAGGAUGAUCUCAAGAACUUUGAUGCUGAUUUCGUCAAAGUUGAUCAGAGCACCCUUUUUGAUCUUAUUUUGGCUGCUAACUAUUUGAACAUAAAGAGCCUGCUUGAUCUCACCUGUCAAACUGUGGCAAACAUGAUCAAAGAGAAGACUCCAGAGGAAAUUCGCAAGAUCUUCAACAUCAAGAAUGACUACACACCCGAGGAAGAGGAGGAGGUUAGGAAGGAGAAUGCUUGGGCAUUUGAGUGAAUCUGAUGUUUUUAAGUGCCCAUAUUCUGGGUGAUACACUUGCAAUAUACAUAAGUAGAUGUUGUCAACAAUCUUUAUGUUAGUACUAGUAAAUAUGUUCCUAACGUUUGCUUUGGAGCCUUUAAUUAGAUUUUGUUGUUCUUUCUAACUUUUGCAUUGGAACUUUUCACGUCUUUGUUCAAUGAAGAUAGUUAAUUCUCUUUUUGCUAAAAAAAAGGAAGAAAAAUUAAAUUGAUUUAAUUAAAAUAAAAAAGAAAGUGCCUAAAACAUAAUCCUUCAAAGUGUCGCCUGUGUGGCUAAUGAUUAUGUUGGCAAACGUCGGGCCAAUGACAUGUGUGAGAAACAAUCAUGUUGAGAAGGACUGACAAAGAUAUUGUGCGUCUAAAGAGGUGCAAGCAAAUAUGCACAAGAAGAAGAAAUUCUUCUCUAAAAGUUGGGAAAAAGUGGGGGGAAAUUAGAGGUUGAUGAGAAAGUACAUCAACAAUUGAAAUGUUUGGAGAGAAAGUGCUUCAAUGAAUUAGAAGUUAGAGACAUGUGCAUCAACAAAUUGAAAAUUGAAUUCCCCGAGAAUAUUGAAAGAAUAAUGGGGGAAACCAAAUCUGUAUAGAAUUUGGUGUUUCCUUAAUUCUUGUCUAAAUAGGAUUUAUAGUCAAAUUAUAUAGAAAUGUUUUCUAGUUUAUAGUCAAAGUAGGUUUCGUACUAUUAUAAUAGAGGUAUUGCUAGCUAUUUUAAAUUGUAUAGAAAUCUAAAAUUUAUUGAAUUUAUGAAUAAAAAAAUCCUUCACCUCUGAAUAAAUGUAAAGGUUGGGAAGAUUGAUAAGAAACAAUUUCAUCAGCACAAUACACUCUGUUCUGUUGGUCACAAGUUCACACGUGAACUCAGUAACUUUUAUCUAAACCUUAUAUAUAUUGAAAAAUCUAUCACUCCAAUUGUCUAUAAGUA